AUAAAUAAGAUACAACUACAUAUCGAAUGGUCUAGCUUUGGCUACUGAGAUUUUUCCAAGGCCUUGAAAUCUCUUUUUAGAAAAACUGUCAAACUUUAUCGCCUGACUCUUCCGUUCCCAUCGUCUUCCUCGUGAACGAAACUUCUCGAUCUUCUUUCUUUGUUCACCUGUUUUUGUGUGUUCACGAGACACUUCCACUCUCCUACGCCACUUCUUUUUUCGACCCCUUUUUUUUAUUUUUAAUUUCCCCAUAUUCCGUUAUUAAUCUAAAGGUGAAUCUUUUCGUUUGACGUGUUUCAUUUCCAGCUUUAUCGGAUUAUAUUCUCCUUGAUUUUCGCCGAUUGUGUCAAUCUGGAAAUUUCUGGGGAUUUAAAAGGGGUUCUGAUUAGAUUUGGGGACUAAGAGUUAAAAGGGAGAGAGAGAGAGAGAGAGAGAGAGAGAGAGAGAGAGAGAGAGAGAGAGAGAGAGAGAGAGAGAGAGAGAGAACACUCAACCAUGGCUACGGGAAAUUUGAAGAAAAUGGCUUCCAUUGAUGCUCAGCUCAGGCUUAUUGCUCCUGGGAAAGUCUCUGAAGACGACAAGCUUGUGGAGUACGAUGCACUGUUGUUGGAUCGAUUUCUGGAUAUUCUUCAGGACUUGCAUGGCGAGGAAGUCAGAGAAUUCGUUCAAGAAUGCUACGAGGUUGCUGCUGAUUACGACGGAAACCGCAACACGGAGAAGCUAGAGGAGCUUGGAAACAUGCUGACGAGUUUGGAUCCAGGGGAUUCGAUUGUUGUCACAAAAUCAUUCUCCAACAUGCUUAGCUUGGCUAAUCUGGCUGAGGAAGUCCAGAUUGCUUACCGGCGCAGGAUUAAGAAGCUUAAGAAGGGCGACUUCGCCGACGAGGCCUCUGCGACAACGGAGUCCGACAUUGAAGAGACUCUCAAGAGGCUCUUGCAGCUUAACAAGACCCCUGAAGAGGUCUUUGAUGCUCUCAAGAACCAGACUGUUGACUUGGUGUUGACCGCUCAUCCGACUCAAUCUGUUCGUCGGUCUUUGCUCCAAAAGUUUGGAAGGAUUCGUGAUUGUUUGACACAGUUAUAUGCAAAGGACAUUACUCCUGAUGAUAAGCAAGAACUCGAUGAAGCUCUGCAACGAGAGAUUCAAGCUGCUUUUCGAACAGACGAAAUCCGGAGAACUCCUCCUACACCGCAAGAUGAAAUGAGAGCUGGUAUGAGCUACUUCCAUGAGACAAUCUGGAAAGGAGUUCCGAAAUUCCUGAGACGUGUUGACACGGCUUUAAAGAACAUUGGAAUCAACGAGCGUGUUCCUUACAACGCACCUCUGAUUCAAUUCUCUUCUUGGAUGGGAGGAGACCGUGAUGGAAAUCCGCGAGUAACUCCUGAGGUUACAAGAGAUGUAUGCUUAUUAGCAAGAAUGAUGGCUGCUAAUCUCUACUUCUCCCAGAUAGAAGAUCUUAUGUUCGAGAUGUCUAUGUGGCGUUGCAAUGAAGAACUUCGUGUUCGUGCAGAACGUCAAAGGUGUGCGAAGAGAGACGCGAAACACUAUAUAGAGUUUUGGAAACAAAUUCCUUCGAAUGAGCCAUACCGAGCUAUUCUCGGAGAUGUUAGGGACAAACUGUACAACACACGUGAGCGUGCGCGUCAGUUAUUGUCGAGCGGAGUUUCAGACAUUCCUGAAGACGCUGUUUUCACAAAUGUGGACCAGUUUUUGGAGCCGCUUGAGCUUUGCUACAGGUCGCUAUGUGAUUGCGGUGACAGACCUAUCGCUGAUGGAAGCCUGCUCGAUUUCUUGCGCCAAGUGUCAACAUUCGGGCUUGCGCUUGUGAAACUUGAUAUCCGUCAAGAAUCUGACAGACACACCGAUGUAUUGAACGCUAUCACAGAGCACUUAGGCAUCGGAUCUUACAAAGAAUGGUCAGAGGAUAAAAGGCAGGAGUGGCUCUUAUCUGAGCUAAGCGGGAAACGCCCUCUCUUUGGACCGGAUCUUCCCAAAACCGAAGAAGUAGCGGACGUAUUGGACACUUUCAAAGUCAUCUCAGAGCUUCCUUAUGAUAGUUUCGGUGCUUAUAUCAUCUCAAUGGCCACUGCUCCAUCAGAUGUGCUCGCUGUUGAGCUCUUGCAACGUGAAUGUGGGAUCACUCAUCCUCUGAGAGUCGUCCCGUUGUUUGAGAAGCUAGCGGAUCUAGAGAACGCUCCGGCUUCAGUGGCUCGUCUCUUCUCCAUAGAAUGGUACAGAAACAGGAUCAACGGUAAGCAAGAAGUCAUGAUCGGGUACUCCGACUCUGGCAAAGACGCCGGCCGUUUAUCCGCGGCUUGGCAGCUGUACAAGACUCAAGAAGAGCUCGUGAAGGUUGCGAAAGAGUUCGGAGUCAAGCUCACGAUGUUUCACGGGAGAGGUGGGACUGUAGGGAGAGGAGGAGGACCGACUCAUCUUGCUAUCUUGUCUCAGCCUCCGGACACCAUUCACGGUCAGCUGAGGGUAACGGUUCAAGGAGAAGUCAUCGAACAGUCUUUCGGAGAGGAGCACUUAUGCUUCAGGACUCUUCAGCGUUUCACGGCGGCUACACUCGAGCACGGGAUGCAUCCACCGGUUUCCCCUAAACCAGAGUGGCGCGUCCUCAUGGACGAAAUGGCUGUAAUCGCCACUGAAGAGUACCGUUCUGUCGUCUUCAAGGAGCCUCGUUUCGUCGAGUACUUCCGUCUGGCCACACCGGAGCUUGAAUAUGGAAGGAUGAACAUAGGAAGCCGACCGUCAAAGCGAAAACCGAGCGGAGGAAUUGAAUCUCUACGUGCAAUCCCGUGGAUCUUUGCUUGGACUCAGACGAGGUUUCACCUGCCAGUGUGGCUAGGCUUCGGAGCCGCGUUCAAACGCGUGAUACAGAAGGACGGGAAGAAUCUCAACAUGCUCAAGGAGAUGUACAACCAGUGGCCUUUCUUCCGCGUCACGAUCGAUCUCGUCGAGAUGGUUUUCGCCAAAGGAGACCCCGGGAUCGCCGCUCUCUACGACCGUCUCCUCGUCUCCGAAGAACUCCAGCCGUUUGGUGAACAGCUUCGAGUUAACUACCAAGAAACCAGACGCCUCCUCCUCCAGGUUGCGGGUCACAAGGACAUUCUAGAAGGUGAUCCAUACUUGAGGCAAAGGCUGCAGCUACGUGACCCGUACAUCACGACACUGAACGUGUGCCAAGCCUACACGCUCAAGCAGAUCCGUGACCCGAGCUUCCACGUCAAAGUCCGGCCACAUCUUUCGAAGGACUACAUGGAGUCUAGCAAACCAGCGGCUGAGCUCGUUAAGCUGAAUCCUAAGAGCGAGUACGCACCGGGGCUUGAAGAUACCGUUAUCCUCACCAUGAAGGGUAUAGCCGCCGGUAUGCAGAAUACCGGUUGAAGGCAUUUUAAUUGUCAUUCUACCGUCUUUGUUCUACUGUAUUCCCUAAAGUCUCUGCUAUGUAUUAUUAUUUCUAUGUUGUGUGAUAAUAAUCUCUCUGAAUCCUCCGUACCCUUUAUAAUGAGUAUGAUAUUUUCUUUCUAUUCAACUGUCAUGUUAUUCUUUCUAUGUCAAGAAUAAAAGAAAGAACUAAAUAACUCAAAUUUGAUGUUGAGAGCAACUGUAUUCUAUUUUAUAUUGUAUCUCUAAAAUGUGAAAAUUGUUGCGAUUUUUGUUGUAGAUCAUUUAAAUAAUCUUCAUGGUAAAAACUUUUUUCAAUUGGCUUUUGAAUUGACCUUGUGGUUCUUAUGAAUGAUAUUAUAUAUAUAUAUAUAUAUAUUUUUUUUUUUUUUUUUCAGAGACCAAAUUUUAAGAAAAUU